AUGGCCCGCCCUGUCGCCGUGAUGAUGCUCGUGGGCCGCGCCUCGGCGUACGUGCACGGCCCUGGGGCGCGCGCACCCGUGCCGCAGCCACGCGCCGCCGUGCCCGCUGAGGCCGUGCUGGAGCCCCUGGGCGCCGAGGCCGAGACGGCCUCUUGGGCGGCGUGGGCCGCGCCGCUGCUGGGCGCCGGCGCGGCGCUCGGCCUCGUGAUGUCGGUCGCCGCCGCCCCGGCGAAGGCCAUCACCGCGGAGCAGUUCAGCCAGCUCACCUACUCCCAGGUCCGCGGCUCCGGCCUCGCGAACCGCUGCCCCACGGUUGACCAGGUGGGCACCGAGGUCCGCGUCGAGAAGGGCAGCAGGAUGAAGAACUUCUGCCUGGAGCCGAAGUCCUUCGCCGUCGAGGCCGAGACGGACAAGGGCAAGGAGUUUGUCACCACCAAGCUGACGACGAGGCAGACGUACACGAUCGCGUUCGUCGAGGGCUCGCUGAGCCCCAACCCCAUCACCUUCAAGGAGGAGGACGGCAUGGACUUCCAGGCGACGACCGUGAAGCUGCCGGACGGCGAGUACGUGCCCUUCCUGUUCUCCUGCAAGUCGCUGGUCGCCAAGGGCGAGGGCAGCUCGUUCAAGCCUGGCUACACCUGGGGCGGUGAGUUCAUGGUGCCGUCCUACCGCACGGGCGGCUUCCUGGACCCCAAGGGCCGCGGCAUGUACCUCGGCUACGACCAGGCCGUGGCCCUGCCAGCGCUGCAGGCCGACGGCAAGGAGGGCCAGGAGGAGCUGUUCAAGGAGACCAACAAGGUGUUCGACGUUGGCAAGGGCGCCAUCGAGAUGGAGGUGAACAAGGUGAACCAGGAGCUUGGCGAGAUUGGCGGCGUCUUCGUCUCCAAGCAGCCGUCCGACACAGACAUGGGCGCCAAGGCGCCGAAGACGAUCUUGCUGAAGGGCGUGUUCUACGGCAAGUCCACCAUGGCCCGCCCUGUCGCCGUGAUGAUGCUUGUGGGCCACGCCUCGGCGUACGUGCACGGCCCUGGGGCGCGCGCACCCGUGCCGCAGCCACGCGCCGCCGUGCCCGCCGAGGCCGUGCUGGAGCCCCUGGGCGCCGAGGCCGAGACGGCCUCUUGGGCGGCGUGGGCCGCGCCGCUGCUGGGCGCCGGCGCGGCGCUCGGCCUCGUGAUGUCGGUCGCCGCCGCCCCGGCGAAGGCCAUCACCGCGGAGCAGUUCAGCCAGCUCACCUACUCCCAGGUCCGCGGCUCUGGACUUGCGAACCGCUGCCCCACGGUCGACCAGGUGGGCACCGAGGUCCGCGUCGAGAAGGGCAGCAGGAUGAAGAACUUCUGCCUGGAGCCGAAGUCCUUCGCCGUCGAGGCCGAGACGGACAAGGGCAAGGAGUUUGUCACCACCAAGCUGACGACGAGGCAGACGUACACGAUCGCGUUCGUCGAGGGCUCGCUGAGCCCCAACCCCAUCACCUUCAAGGAGGAGGACGGCAUGGACUUCCAGGCGACGACCGUGAAGCUGCCGGACGGCGAGUACGUGCCCUUCCUGUUCUCCUGCAAGUCGCUGGUCGCCAAGGGCGAGGGCAGCUCGUUCAAGCCUGGCUACACCUGGGGCGGUGAGUUCAUGGUGCCUUCCUACCGCACGGGCGGCUUCCUGGACCCCAAGGGCCGCGGCAUGUACCUCGGCUACGACCAGGCCGUGGCCCUGCCAGCGCUGCAGGCCGACGGCAAGGAGGGCCAGGAGGAGCUGUUCAAGGAGACCAACAAGGUGUUCGACGUUGGCAAGGGCGCCAUCGAGAUGGAGGUGAACAAGGUGAACCAGGAGCUUGGCGAGAUUGGCGGCGUCUUCGUCUCCAAGCAGCCGUCCGACACAGACAUGGGCGCCAAGGCGCCGAAGACGAUCUUGCUGAAGGGCGUGUUCUACGGCAAG